ACUACUACUACUACUACUACUACUACUACUACUACUACUACUACUACUGCUACUACUACUACUACUACUACUACUACUGCUACUACUACUACUACUACUACUACUACUACUACUACUACUACUACUACUACUACUACUACUACUACUACUACUACUACUACUACUGCUACUACUACUCCUGCUGCUGCUACUACUACUACUACUACUACUACUACUACUACUACUACUGCUGCUACUCCUGAUACUGCUGCUACUGCUACUGCUGCUACUGCUACUACUACUACCACUACUACUACUACUACUACCACUACUACUACUACUACUACUACUACUACUACUACUACUACUACUACUACUACUACUACUACUACUACUACUACUACUACUACUACUACUACUACUACUACUACUACUACUACUACUGCUACUCCUACUGCUACUACUACUACUACUACUACUACUACUACUACUACUAGUAGCUACUGUACUAGUACUACUACUACUACUACUACUACUACUACUACUACUACUACUACUGCUGCUGCUACUACUACUACUACUACUACUACUACUACUACUACUACUACUACUACUACUACUACUACUACUACUACUACUACUACUACUACUACUACUACUACUACUACUACUACUACUACUACUACUACUACUACUACUACUACUACUACUACUACUACUGCUACUCCUGCUACUGCUACUACUACUACUACUACUGCUACUACUGCUACUGCUACUACUACUACUACUACUACUACUACUACUACUACUACUACUACUACUACUACUACUACUACUACUACUGCUACUCCUGCUGCUGCUACUGCUACUGCUACUACUACUACUACUACUACUACUACUACUACUGCUACUACUACUACUACUACUACUGCUACUACUACUACUGCUACUACUGCUACUGCUACUACUGCUACUACUACUACUACUACUACUACUACUACUACUACUACUACUACUACUACUACUACUACUACUACUACUGCUACUCCUGCUGCUGCUACUGCUACUCCUGCUGCUGCUGCUACUACUACUACUACUACUACUACUACUACUACUACUACUACUACUACUACUGCUGGUGCUACUACUACUACUACUACUACUACUACUACUACUACUACUACUACUACUACUACUACUACUACUACUACUACUGUUUAUUGGUUGCUGGGGAAGACGAAAUACCUCCCUGUCACCCGCUGUCUCCUCCAGAUAAUGGGAUUCUCAAAAGUGUCAGUUCACAGGAACUCCGAUCUGGUGUGUCGAGUCACCUGUCAGAGGGGGUUUCAGUUUGAGAAUGGGGAGCGUGCUGUGACCCGGAUAUGCAAAGAGAACAUGACAUCAUGGGAUGCAGGAGAACUGCUUCCGUCAUGCGUGGCAUCAUGCGACACCUGGCUUCUGCCCCCCGGUGAAAUAACCAACGCGUCGCUGACGUCAUCGACAGUGUGGGAUAACGCGCCUCGUUUUGGUCCGUCCAAUGCCGUUGUUAAGCCCGGAGUGACGUCACCUGAAGUAUGGAGACCCGCCAAAGACGACGUUUCGCAGUUUAUUCAGGUUGAUUUUCAUAAAUCACAGAGGAUUGUGGGUGUCGUAACCAAGGGCGAUGAUGUCAACAGUUACGUUACGCUUUUCCGUGUCCUUUUCAGUAUGGAUGGGAUCGACUGGUUCCCGUACAGUGAUACCAGUGUUUUAGAGAAGUUCUUCCGUGCAAACGUAGACUCAACCACGAUCCGCACGACCAGAUUGGACUGUCACCAUGUUGCUAGGCACGUGCGGAUUAAUCCUCUGGCGUGGCACAACCACAUAUCCCUCCGCAUCAACUUGAUAGGCUGUUCUUCUAGCUUGGGAGAACAACUCGCCACGAAUUCGUCAAGUCGAGUUUGUCGAAGUUUACUGCCCCCUGAAAACGGAAUUGUCAACUGCGAAACAAAUGGCACCAAUCUAAUUUGCUCUUCUAUUUGUAAGAGUGGUUUCGUGUUCAGUAACAACGAGCCAGUCAUUCAAAGUGUUUGUGACGAGGAGACGGGCACGUUUACCACAGAGGAGAAACCAGCACUCUGCGUUGAGAAAGGGACAGCGGCAACUCCAUUAGUGAAUUCUACUGAACACUGCAUCUACGAGGACGACGCGUGCGAUGAUUGGGAAAAUGGCGACUUCCAGUACUGCCAGAGUUGUCACUACUUCGCCACAUGCUCGGAACACUACUUCUACGUCAGACCGUGCCCCACCCACCUCCAGUAUGACUCCCGGGAGAAGCGCUGUGAAUACAAGUCACGCACGUGCAGGACGGACAAGAAUUAAGAUGAACGUGCAGAAUGGACAGUUUGGAAAUUCGUUAUAACUUUUUUUACCAAGGUGUAAUACGAGUUAAAGCGACAGAUCCUUGUUUUUUUAAACAAUACGACGUAUUUUUCACUAUUAAAGUGACAGACCCUAGUUUUUAAACACUUAAGGCAUA